ACUGUCAGUCAAUUGUCAUCGGCGUCUGGCUCAUCAAAAUUCACGAUUUGAUGUACUUACAAUUUGACUAAGGUUUUCUUUAUACUAUUUGUUUUCAAUGAAAGUAUUAACUAUCUGACCAUGAAAGCGGCCCUCGUGUGAACAGACUACGAAUUUUAUGACGGUAUCGUCAUUACCGAUAAACAUAUAUGACGCGUCCGCCUAAUUAAACAUGUUCGUAUAGGCUCCUUUUACUCGUGUUAAAUACGUGUACGUCGCUAUGUCGGGACAAAACGUUCAGGAUGAAGUUGAAGGCGAGAGGUCCCAGGUCACGGAGAAAAUAUUAAGCGCAGCGUUUUACGCCCUCGCAUCCUUUAUGAUAACUGUAGUGAAUAAAACUGUGUUAACCACGUAUGCGUUCCCGUCCUAUCAAGUUCUGGGCUUAGGCCAAAUGGUCGCCACUAUCGUCGUGUUGUGGAGCGGCAGAUAUAUAAAAAUGGUUCAGUUCCCGCCUCUGGACGGUGGGGUGGCGCGGCGGAUAUGGCCACUGCCACUUAUCUACUUGGGAAACAUGGCCACAGGACUAGGUGGCACGAAGGAGCUCAGCCUGCCGAUGUUCACAGCACUACGUCGCUUCAGCAUCCUGAUGACCAUGUUAGGAGAAAGGUUUGUCCUUGGUGUUAGAGCUUCAUGGCCGGUACAGGCCAGUGUAUUAGCUAUGGUUGGAGGUGCUUUAUUGGCAGCUAUUGAUGAUGUCACAUUCUCCUGGUCAGGAUACACACUUGUUCUUCUCAAUGAUGCGUUUACAGCUGCAAAUGGAGUAUACAUGAAGAAAAAGUUAGAUUCUAAAGAACUUGGCAAAUACGGACUGAUGUAUUACAAUGCAUUAUUUAUGUUAGUUCCAGCCACUAUAGUGGCUUGGUGUACAGGCGAUUUGGAACAUUCUGUGGAGUUUACAGAUUGGAAUAAUCCACUAUUCGUAAUACAGUUCAUUAUGUCGUGUGUAAUGGGUUUUGUAUUAUCGUACAGUGUGAUGUUGUGUACCCAGUACAACAGUGCCUUGACAACAACAAUCAUUGGUUGCCUUAAAAAUAUCUGCGUAACCUACUUAGGUAUGGUCAUUGGAGGAGAUUAUGUCUUCUCGUAUUUGAAUUUCGUUGGCCUGAACAUAAGUGUCCUAGCAAGUCUACUGUACACAUAUGUCACAUUCAAACGUAAACCAAAAACAAAUUAUGUUCUUAUAAACAAUGCCAAGGUGGAUACAGUAUAGCAAUGUCUCAGACGGAAACCGAAGUGCUCUACGUACAUAGUAUAGUAUUAAGGUACCAAAGAUGACUUUAGAUUCUUUACUGAUCAGUUAAUAGAUGACUACAUUUAGUGAACAUAAUCAUAAUUAACGGAGAGGUAUAUUGUGUGCAUGGUAAGGCAUUGCCAAUGAAUAGUCAGACUUCAAGAAAGAAUUGUGCCUGGAUUAGUUUUAGACAUUUUUAAGCAUUUACGACUUUAAUGUGAGAAUAUAUAUAUAUCAUAAACUACAUCUUAUUCAUAAAAACUGUCCACUAUUUUAAAUAAUUAGUAUUAUGUCACUUUCUUUAAUUCAAGAAUUUAAUUCUAAAGAGAAAGACAAAACAUGAGCUAAAAUUGGUUUAUUAGAUGUUUUUAUGAAUAGGUAAUGAAAUGUGUGAAGUACAUUAGUAGUAUAAGAUAUACUGUUAAUAAAUAGUAGUUACAAAUUGAUUUUUAUAUAGAUUUAAUUAAUACUUGAUGAAAUUAUUAGACUCGAGUACAAAUGCAAUAUUCAUCUUAGUUUUGCUAUUUCUUGACCAAAUCCUUGAAGAGUUUCAAAAUGUUAAUGGUAAUGAUUGACAGUGGUUGUCAUACCAUAAUAUGUAUAUGAUCAUAUCUGCACCAGUCUUUCAAUUUAUUAAACUACACUAUAUAUAUAUAUAUAUGAUAGUGUUAUAAUCCUUUGAAUGAGUUUAAAACUUGAUGUAAUGGACAAUAUUUCAAACCUAUCUGAUUGUAAACAUUAGAAUGUUUAAUAAAAACACAGUGGUAAAAAUGUCUAAAUAAUCAGUAUGUAUUAUGCAAUAUCUUUGCCAAAGCUGGACCCAUUUUGAUAAUUCAACAUUAAAGCCUUGUUCUUUCCUAAAAGACCCACAGUUUGGCAUUUCUCUGAUUUUGUGACUAAUUACUUAUCAGCAGGUGGGCCAUAUGCUCCUUUGCUCUUCCUCCUUGUGAUUAAAAAAAAAAACAAAUUUUGUUACAAUAAAAAUAAUUGUUGUUGCAAUAAAAAAUACUGCUCAUACAUAUAUAUACUUGCUCAAUAUAGGAUUGUAAAAACAAAAUGAUAUUGAAAUUUUGGAAUUGGACAGUGGUCAAUAAAUGCAAGUCAGUG